AACAAUCUUGAUGGAUGGAAUAGUGCUGCCCUGUUCUGUCGAUAUAAACACCCACUUCCUGUCCAACCUGCAUCACAAAGUGAGGCAGAAAGAGUUUACUUGAAUCACAAGUUCUUUCUCCCCAAAAGAAAACCCUAAUCCCCCAACCAAACCCACAAAAAAAAUAGCAUAAUCAAGGCCAAAGAAUGGAACUUUCCAAGUCGAGAUUCGAAAGGGUUUGUGUGUUCUGUGGGAGCAGCACUGGAAACAGAGAUUGCUACAGAGAUGCCGCCAUUGGAUUAGCCCGAGAGCUGGUGGGGAGGAAAUUGGAUCUUGUGUACGGAGGGGGAAGUAUAGGGUUGAUGGGUUUGGUCGCACGGGCUGUUCAUGAAGCCGGGGGAAAUGUACUUGGGAUCAUACCGAGGACACUUAUGAUCAAAGAGAUAACGGGCGAAACAUUUGGUGAAGUAAGAGCCGUCGCUGACAUGCAUCAAAGAAAGGCUGAAAUGGCCCGCCACUCCGAUUGUUUUAUUGCCUUACCAGGUGGGUAUGGAACGCUGGAAGAGCUAUUGGAAGUGAUCACUUGGGCACAACUUGGCAUCCACGACAAGCCUGUGGGUUUGCUAAACGUUGAUGGUUACUACGAUUACCUCCUCACUUUCAUAGACAAAGCCGUUGACGAUGGCUUUAUUAAGCCAUCUCAGAGACACAUCUUUGUCUCUGCCCCUAAUGCCAAAGAACUUGUCCAAAAACUCGAGGCGUAUGAGCCUGUGAGCAAUGGAGCCAUUUCAAAGGAGAGGUGGGAGGUGGAGCUUGAGAAAAUGCAGCAGCCACAGAAAAAAGCUGCGUUCAGUUCAAAUGCGACUUUGCAAACUCAGAUAGCUCUCUAGAAGGAUUUAUUAUCAAACCAAUGGAGAAAAUGUUCGAAAGAAGUUGAAGGAAGAAAGGGGGGAAAGGAAGUGUGUUUGUUUUGGGUCCUCUUAUUUGUAUCUGCUUUCUUUCUUCUUCCUCUUCCUCUGUUGUGAUUUUGUUGUCACUUAUGGACCAACCCUACCAUGAUAAUGGCUGUGGUUGAGACUUCAGGGGAGAUUUGAAUGACAAAAAAGGAAAGCUCUUUUUCUGUUUA